GUCGCGUCCUGCGGCGGUUAUCGAAUCGAGUGCGGCGGCGGACACAUUGGUGUGCAGCAGCAGAGCACGCUAACAUUCAUAAGCAAGCAGGCACCUGCCAUGGCCACGUCGAGGCUGUUCGCCCCGAAGACGCGGGUUGUGGACUGGGGCAGCAUCAAGGCCAUUGAUGUCGACGAUGUUAUUGCCACGGAGAAUGAGGACAGCCUCGCUCACUUGGAGGAGCUGUACGACAUGAUCGUGCGGUGUGCACCUGCUCCCUCGGCGUUGAAGAAGGACAUCUUGCAGCUCUUCCGUGUCACACAGCUACUGCUGGAGCUCAAAGCAGACGAUGCAGAAGAGUAUGCUCAGCAGUUGCAAGCCUCGCAGCGCUCCGCACGCGAAGCAGCCGGGCCCAUCUCACGGCCGUCCACCGGCGGGGAUUCGCGACAGCUGCAGCGGAAGGUGGAGCAGCUGCAGUUGGAACUGCGGCACAAGACAGAAUCGCUCGAACUCGCGCAGCAGGAUGUGCAGAACCUGAGCUCUGAUCUUGAAGCUGCACGCAGCCAUGCAGACGACCUCGAAGCAGCCAACAAGAACUUGAUUGCUGAGAUUGAUGACCUGAAAGCACAUGCAGAAGCCAAGACUGCGGCGACGGCCGAGGCAGCCCAACACCAGGACCGCAUCAGCCAGCAGCUGCAGGAACAGCGGGCGGCGAUGGCGCGAAUGGACGAAGCGCUGCGAGAGGCGCAGGAGCAGGUGCAGCGGCAGCGGGAACAGCUCGCACAGGCACAGGCCGCAGCAGCAGAGGACGAGAAGCGAGCGGAAGGAGCGGAGAGCAGGGUGCAUGACUUGGCAGCCCGCGUGUCGUCGCUCGAACGCGAACUUGAGACCGCUGUGCGAGACCGUGAUGCUGCGCUGGCACACGCCGACAUCUUGGCGUCGCAUGUAGCAGACAACACGGCCGCCGACACGCGAAUCCUCGCACAGGUCGACGCGACCGUGAAAAAGUGGCAGCACAUGCUGGGCGAGAAGGACGCCGAGUUGGCAGCCGCCCGCGAGGUGAUGUCGCGACUGCAGGAUGAGGUUGUGCGGCAGCGGCAGGAGGCCGGACGCGAGGUGGAGGAGAUGAGGAGGCAGCACGAGGGGGAAGUGGCAGCUCUCGAGCAGCAGCUUGCAGCAGUGCAGAGGGAAGGCGCAACGCAGGGGACAACACCAUCGCUCCCUUCAACAACUGCACGCGACCACGAAACGCAACUGAAGAACCUCAGGCGAACACUUGAGGAGGCGCAAGCGCAAAACACGCGGCUUCGUGCGCGCAUGCGUCAAUACGAAGAAGGCUUUGGUCUCUCCGACGCGCUGCAGGAGGUUGAGGAUUUGGAAGCGAAGGUUCGCCAACAGGACAGCGAAAUUGAGCAGCGAACACAGGAAGCAAACGCAGCGCUGAGGCGGAUGGAUCGACUGUUGGAUGAGAAUGCGGUUCUGCGCGAGCGUGCGGGCAUUUUCACUGUUGGCAGCAGCGAAAUCGAUCAAAUGCAUGCAGAUCGCAGGCAGGAGUUGGAAGGACUGCGCGAUGCCAAAACGCGUUUGCAGGCGGACCUCGACGCCGCCCGUGACGAAACGGCGCGGCUGCGGCAGAAACUGCGGAAAUACGCAACACUCGGGCGCGUUGUUGGUGCAGAUGAGAUGGAGGGCGACGAGACAGCAGCUGAGAACGACAUUGAGGUGUCGCUGCUGCAGCGGAAACUGCAGGCCGCACACGACGAGCUGGCGGAGGCGCGCGCUGAUGCGACUGAAUUCAGGCGGCGGUGGACACAUGCACAGGACGCGCUGACAGCAGCGGAGAAGCGGGAGAGGGAGAAGGAGCGAGAGGCAGAGCGCUUGGGCACGGAGGUGAGGAUGCUCAAGGCAGCGCUGUACCAGCUGGCACAGGAGAUGAACAAUCUUCAGUUCUACAUCAACAAGGACGGCGACUUGCGAGAGUACAAGGUGUCGUGCCCGUCUGUGCGCGAUCUCCUCGCGUUCUACAACUCAACAGCAGCCAGUGCAUCGCCCUCCCAUACAACACCUGCCCAACAACAAGACACAUCAGCAGCACCGACAGCGUCAUCACCAUCAUCCUCAGCAGCCCAGCAGCGAGGGGCAGCAGGGGCGUCGGCGGACCUGAUUACGCUGUACCAGAGCGACAUCCUGGCCCUGCGCACGGCAAAGGCAGAGCUUGCCCGCGCAUUCCAGGAGCUGCAGCGCGAGCACCGGCGGGCUGUGGCGGACUUGGAACGAGCCAGGGGCGACAACAAACAGCUGACGAAGCGGGCGGAGGAUCUGGAGCGAGUGAAUGCGGAGUUGCAAUCGCAGCAGUGGCUGCAACUGCCUGUGCAGCUGCCCGCAACGGGACGCGAUGUGGUACACGUCCUCAAUCAGCAGCUGCUGGAGACGCUCCAUGAGCUCGACAAGAAGCAGGAGCACAUUGUGUCGAUGAACAGGCAGCUGCUUCAGCUUGAGCAGCAGUACGCCGUGCUGGUGAAACAAAAGGAUCUGCUGUACCAGGAGCACAACGAGAAGCGAAAGGAGUGGGAGGAAGAGAAGAGUGUGCUUGAGUCGCGUGUUGAGGAGGCGGAACACGCAAAAACGGAGGCAGCGCAGUGGCGGCAACAGCUCAACGACGCCAUGGACACGAUCGCUGCCGUGAAGAGGGGCGAAGAGCGCGCAUUGUUGGCGUCGCUGGCGAGGAAGGUGUCCCGUCUUCGUGUGAACAACGCUGCUCUGGAGCGACGAUACAAGCUGUCGUUGUCACGAGAAGAGGCAGCAACACGCCAGCUGCGAUCUCUCCGGGCGGCUCUGCGGCAGUGCGAGUCUGCUGCGCGCAUCACUAUUGACGCCGCCAAGCAGAAGAACGACGAGACAACGCGCGAGCUGUACGAGUGCAUGGCUCAGCUUGAGGAAUGCGUCCCACGGCAACAAGUCGACAGCCUGCACCGCCGGUGUGAGGUGCUUGCUGCGCGCUAUCAGAAACUGCUGAGUCAGCACCACGAUGUCCAGCAGCAGCUGAGCACCUGCCGCGAUGCGUCCGUCAAACUCGUCCAGGCAGAGAACUCCAUCGCUCUCUAUCAGCGAGAGGUUGAGAUGCUGCAAGCAAGGUGCAACAACGCCAACACGCAACAGUCAACAACACCAGCGACUGCACAGCAGUCGUCUUCGCUGCAGCACGAGGUCGAUCGCCUGCGCAUCAAUAACGAGCAGGAACACCAGCGGGCAGAGGUGCUGGCGCUGAAAGUGAAGCAGACGGAAGACUUGCUCGCCUCCACGGAAGAGAGGUGUCAGCAGCUCGAUGGAAAGUUGCAGGAAGUCAUCAACGACAACCUAUCCCUCAAGGAGAAGGAAGCGGAACUUCUGCAGACCAUCGCAUCGCGCAUGCACUUGGACGAAGCAACGAAACUCAGAGAGGAACUCAAACAGCUCAAGGAGUACAAACACAAGACAGAGGCAGAGAUUACGGUCUUAAAACGCACAGCAGACAUUGCAGUGACACAGGCGGACACAGCGCGGCGCCUAGCACAAACCAAAGACGAGGAACUGCACGCUCUGCGGACGCAAUUGAUUGAACUUCAAGUUGAAGACGACGAGCGAUUGCAGAUUGGACGACUGAGCCACCAGCUCCUCGCAGCGCAGAUGGCCGAAGCAGAUGCUGUUCGCCGCUUGGAUGCCGAGAAGCGAAAAUCACUGGCGCAGGAGCGGGAAAUCAAGCAACUGCAGGUGGACGUGGAACAGAAACAUACGGCUCUCAUUGAGCAGUCACAAGUGUCACGGCAGCGGCUGAGCCACCUCAACGCGUCUCUAUCGGCGCUGCGCACGCAAUAUGCUGGGGCUGUCACGCUGCACCAGCAAGAGCAAGCUGUGCAGGCGCUGCAAGAUGUGCUUGAGACGAAGCGGCGGCUUGAGGACGAGGUUGCAGAGGCAAAGCGCCAGCGCGAAGAGGCGCAGUCACACGUGGACGCACUGCGCAUUCAGCAGCAGCACUUGCAGGAGACAAUGGCGGCGCUUGGCGACACAAAGGCAAUGACGCUGCAGGCAAACGAGUGGCAGCAGCGGCUCACGCGCGCGCGGUUGCAGACUCUUCAGCUCCAACGGCGCGUGCACGACUUGGAGGGCGAAGUGGACCAUUUGUCCCGCGCUGCUGAGACGAGCCGUCACCGGCAGGCGCAGCUGGAGGCUGAGGCUGUCGAAAUGACGCAAUCCUUCGAGCAGCGAGAGACGGCCUGGCUGAAGCGCGAGGAACAGCUCGAAAAGUGGCUGUCUGAGCUCGAUCACCGCAUGCGGCAGCAAACGGUGCAGGUGGAGGCGAGACGCCGCGAUGAUGAGAACUUCCUCCCAGCGAGCGAGUGGCCGAUUGGACAGCAGCUCUCGCACGCCAUCGAAUCAAUCAAGCGACUGCUGCAGCAGAGGAGUGAUCUUCGUGAUGAAACCAAACGCCUCGAACACCGCGUGCAGGAUCAGAUUGUUGAGUUGGCGGAGGCGAAUGCGGCCACGCGGCGGGCCGAGGCCGCAGCAAAGACAACGCCCCACACAGGAGCGAACCAACACGAUGCUGACGAUGACGACAACGGGGAUGGCGGUGGCGAUGCGCUUGAGGACGCAUCUCUCCGCUACCAGCUCGAUCGCGUCAUCAAAGUCUCCCAGCAGACCAUUGCAAGCCUCCAAAACAUGUUAGACACGCGCGAGAAAGCGCUCGAUGAGGCACACGCACAACUUGACGAGCAGCACCAGCGCCAUGAAGCAGAGAAGCGAGAAUGGGAAGAAACGAAGAAGGAGCUGGAGCACCGUCUACAGCUGCAAAACGCGAACACGGCAGCGCCGCCACGAAGACCAACAGCAAUGACAGCGCGAGGAGGAGAUGCAAUGCAGGUCGUUGAUGAGAUGCGCGCACACGUGCGGCGGCUUGAGACGGACAAUGAACUGUUGCGACAGGACGCGCGCAGAGCACAGGAGCGAUUGGCGACAAAGGAGAAGGAUCUGCUUGCCAUCAAGCGUGAGCUUGUUGGGAGCCUGCAGGAGUUGGAGGCCGAAUUCCGCGGAGUUGUUGAAGAACGCGAUGCUUUGGAGGAACAACUCAACGCCACAAAGGCGAAGCUACAAGAGGCUGAGGACGGGUUGCGUGCGCAGCAGCGGGAGGCCAUGUCCCUGCGUCAGAGCCACGAGGAAGAGGCGGCAGUGAUGCGAUCGGCACUCGAGCGCUCGCAGAAGUACAUCGAUGCCCUCUCGCAGCCAGGAUCACCCAAGGUGACGAUGGAAACGCUCCGAAAACGGCUCGCCCGCAAGACAGCCGAAGUCAAACGCCUGCAAUAUGUGCUGGUUGAGGUGAAGAAGCCCGGAGGCGAUGAGGCAGCCCUGACUGACGCACUCAAAGUUCCGUUUAUGGAGAAAGCGCGAGCACUGGAGCAGGAGCGAGACGAGCUGAAGGAAGAGCUGGCGACACUCAAGUCGCGCGCAGCCAAGGCCGAGGCAAAUGCCUCCACAUUCAAGACCCAGGCAGAGGAUCUGCAAUCUCAACUUGAAACGCACCGGAAGGAGAGCUCGGGUGCAGUUGCGCUGUCCGCCAAAUUCGAACGCGAUCUCAAGAGAACGAAAGGCGAGCUCGAGGCAUCAAGGAAACGGUGUCAGGCGCUGGAGCAGCAGCUCAAAUCUGUUCGCGAGCAAGCGAGAGAAACGCGUGCGCAGACGGUGGCCAAAGCGCCCACAUCGGCCCGCGAUGAUUCAAGAAAACCGCACGUCUCGCGUGACCUCCAGGAACCUUCAUCGGUGAAGUGGGAAGCAGACAAGAAACUUCAGAAACGGAUGGAGAACUUGAAGAGCAAACUUGCGACGAAGGAAGAGGAGUUGCAAGCGGCCAACAGCCAGGUGGCGAAUUUGAAGGCGACAAUUGAGCGCUUGAAGCGGGAGCGGAACGCGUUGCAGCGGAAAACAAAAGCGCUGGAGGCCGCGAGCGAGGACCACGCCACGUUGCGGGCGCGCGUCGAGCGGUUACAGGAGGAGAAGACGCAACUCCGCCGCGAACUCGAAGUCGACGCGAACGUGCGCGUGAUGGAGCUACAAGCGAUUGUCCGGGAUUUGGAGGCCAAACUUGCGGAUAAAACGUCCACAAGCGGGAAACAUGACGACCUCGCCACAGACGGCAAGAAGGGCACGCUGGAGAAGCAAGUCCUUGACCUGAAGGCAGAAAACCUGCAGCUUCAGCUGCAACUUGAACAAGCGCAAGCGACGGACGUGUCGGCGCUCAAGGCAGAGCUUGCAUCCCUGCGUGAGCAACAGCAGCAACAGCAGCAGUCUGGUGGUGGUGCUGGUGGUGGUGGUGGAAAGGGCGGGAGAACGGCUGUGGAGGCAUCGGAGCUGCAGCGCGUUCGAAAACUGAACCGCCAGCUCAGAACAGAGCGUGAGAAGGCGAAUGAGCGUGCACAUGAAGCAGACAAGACACGCGAGCGUCUGCAGCAGGAGCUCAACGACUGCCACAGAAACCAAGAGAUGUUGGAAGCGGAGAUCCAACAGAAACAGCAGCGCAUCGACAAGCUGCAGGCGUCGCUUGAACGCAUGGCAGCGAAUGAAGAGCGGCUGCAGUCCAGGGCUGCCCUGCCAGCGCAAGCAGAGACGCGGCUGGAGGAACUGGAGGAGGAGAACCGCGAGCUGAGGGCGGAGCUGUCUGCGUUUGACCCGGAGUUCUUCGAAGAAAUUGAGACCCUCAAAUACGAGCACCAGCAGGCGAAGCAGGAGGUAGCGCGGCUACGUGCCCUCCUCAGCCAACAACAACAACAACAGCAGCAGCAGCAGCAGCUACAAAGCAGCACCCGUCAACAGGGUGUCGUUGACGUUGACGCUGAUGAUGAUGACAUUGAUGGUGAUGAUGGUGAUGGUGCGCAGAAGGAUAAGGGCGAAGAAGAAACGUGAAUGUUGUGAUGUGACAUGACACGAUGGAGGACUGAUUAGCUGUUGUUUCAUACCACCUUUGCUCGUGUUACACUCCCUUUGAUGCACAUAGAGACUUGCUGUUCUUAUCUUCUCCUCUUCUUGUACACACACUUUACACCGUCAUGGCAGUGGACUGACUGAUGAUGAAGCGAGCGAG